UCACCAUAAUUUGCAGGAGGAAAAAAGAACCUAAGGAGUCAGCGUCCAAAGAAAGCAGUAAAAAAAAAAUCUGAAGUGAAGCAACAAUGGAGGCUGCAGUGAAUAGCCCGCACCACAGAGGAAUGGUCCUGCUGUGCCUUUUCCUGGGAAGGUUGUGGGAGAUCCAGGCCAGUCAGAUCCACUACUCCGUGCCUGAAGAGACAGUAAAAGGCUAUAUUGUGGGCAACAUCUCCAAGGAUCUGGGGCUGGAGCCCCGGGAGCUGGCGGAGCGCGGAGUCCGCAUCGUCUCCAGAGGUAGGACGCAGCUCUUUGCUCUGAACCCGCGAAGUGGCAGCUUGGUAACCGCGGGCAGAAUAGACAGAGAGGAGCUCUGUGCCCAGAGCAUCCAGUGUCUGUUUAACUUUAAAGUUCUGGUUGAAGACAGAGUGCAAUUUUAUGGAAUAGAAAUAGAAGUCACUGAUAUAAACGACAAUGCUCCAAAAUUCCAGGCAGAAAAUCUGGAAAUAAAAAUUAACGAAAUCGCGGUGCCAGGCAUACGUUAUCCACUGCCAGAAGCUGUUGACCCAGAUGUGGGCUUGAAUUCCCUGCAGAGCUAUCAGCUCAGUCCUAAUUACCACUUCUCUCUGAACCUUCGAACUGGAGACGAUGGAACUAUAAACCCAGGGUUGGUGCUGGAGCGCGCCCUGGACCGGGAGGAAGAGGCUGCUCACCAACUUGUCCUCAUCGCCUCCGAUGGCGGCAAACCAAGUCACUCCAGCACAGUGCACAUCCUAGUGACGGUAGUGGAUGUGAACGACAAUGCGCCUGUGUUUGCUCAACCAAUUUACAGAAUGACAGUCCCAGAGAACGUGCCCCCUGGCACCCAGCUACUUACUGUAAGAGCUAGUGACCCGGAUGAGGGAGCCAAUGGAGAAGUGGCAUAUAAAUUCUGGAAGAUUAGUGAAAAACAAUCUCCGUUAUUCCAGCUCAAUGAAAACACUGGGGAAUUAUCAACAGCAAAAAGUCUAGACUAUGAAGAACGUGCAUUUUAUGAAAUGGAAAUACAAGCUGAAGAUGGUGGAGGGUUGAAGGCUUGGACAAAAGUGCUCAUUUCCGUGGAAGAUAUAAAUGACAAUAGACCCGAAGUGAUCAUUACAUCUCUGUUUAGUCCAGUGAGGGAAGAUGCUCCUCAAGGAACAGUGGUCAUUCUUUUCAAUGCUUAUGACCGAGACUCCGGGAAAAAUGGUCAAGUUGUUUGUUCCAUCCAGGAGAUUCUACCUUUUCAAUUAGAAAAGUCAAUAGAAGAUUAUUAUAGAUUGUUGACAUCCCAAAUUCUUGACCGAGAAAAAACCUCUGAAUACAACAUCACAGUGACUGCAACAGACAGAGGAACACCGCCCCUGUCCACAGAAAUUCACAUCACUCUGCAUGUGGCUGACAUCAAUGACAAUCCACCCUCCUUCUCUCAAACCUCCUACUCAGGCUAUGUCUUGGAGAACAACCUUAGAGGUACCUCCAUCUUCUCUGUGACAGCCCAUGAUCCUGACAGCAAUGAGAAUGCCCGAGUUAUUUACUCCUUGGCAGAAGACACCAUCCAAGGGGUGCCUCUCUCCUCUUAUGUCUCCAUCAAUGCAGAUACUGGUGUGCUUUACGCACUUCACCCCUUCGACUAUGAGCAGUUUCGAGAUCUUCAAGUGCAGAUUAGGGCAAGUGACAGUGGAGAUCCUCCACUCAGCAGCAACGUGUCACUGAGCUUGUUUGUGCUGGACCAGAACGACAAUGUGCCAGAGAUCCUGUACCCCGCCAUCCCCACUGAUGGUUCCACUGGAGUGGAGCUGGCUCCCCGCUCCGCAGAACCUGGAUACCUCGUGACUAAGGUGGUGGCAGUGGACAGAGACUCAGGCCAGAAUGCCUGGUUGUCCUAUCGUCUGCUCAAGGCCAGCGAACCAGGGCUCUUCGCCGUGGGGCUGCACACGGGCGAGGUGCGCACUGUGCGGGCCCUGCUGGACCGAGAUGCGCUUAGGCAGAGUCUGGUGGUGGCUGUUCAGGACCAUGGUCAGCCCCCUCUGUCGGCCACUGUCAUGCUCACCGUGGCCUUGGCUGACAACAUCCCAGAUGUGUUGGUUGGCUUUGGCAAUCUUGAGGUCCCUUUGAAUCCGGAGGCCUCGGACCUCACAUUGUACCUGGUAGUUGCUGUGGCUGCGGUCUCCUGUGUCUUCCUUGCCUUCAUUAUCAUCCUGCUAGCGCUCAGGCUUAGGCGUUGGCACACAUCACGUCUGCUUCAGGCUUCUGGCGGUGGAUUGGCGGGCAUGCAGUCUUCUCGUUUUGUAGGCAUGGACGGAUUUCAGGCUUUCCUGCAGACCUAUUCCCAUGAGGUCUUCCUCACCACUGACUCAAGGAAGAGUGACCUGAUCUUCCCCCAGCCCAACUAUGCGGACACACUCAUCAGCGAAGAGAGCAGUGAGAAAAAGGAUCCUUUGUGUGUUUCAGAUGAUUCCAGGUUUCCUAUAAAAGACACCCUUUUGGUUCCAGUGAGUUCAAUUUAUUUCCUUUACUUUCUGUUAUAA